CCAUUUUGUGUCGCCAAACAUGCUAUGCUGUUUGAUGGGCACAGAGGCAGGUAUUCCUAUGGGAGGAGCAUUUCCUACAUGAUGUGGAGUCUCAGGGCAAAAUGGAGUCUGUUUGGUCAUUGCCCAUAAAGUCUGGCCCAUAACACUUUGUUCCUGAUUGUGGUGUUUAUAGGAUUUUCUUUACACUUUGUUCCUGACUGCGGUGUUUGUGGGAUUUUCUUUAUCCUGUGACUUGGUUCAUACUUGAGACCACUGUCAUGAGCUGCUUCCCUUUGUGUUUCUGUGGAGGAGACAGGAGAAAGCUGCAGAUCCUCGUGGCUGAUGUAAAAACUGCUCACCCUGACGCAAAAAAGGGGCCAGCUUCCCAGCUGUGGGCAUUGGCUCUCGGCACACACAUCCUAGCUGAUAGGACUGGAGAUGCCAGGAAUGCCAUGCCUCUCUUCCCUGGUGCCCAUCUCUGCAUCUGCAAAGUAGGGGCCAUGAGAAGAGUGUACCUCACUCCUUUCCGCUCACCUUGGCUUGGCCUACUGGCCUGCUAGGGCCAAAAGAGUGGGCAGAAGGGACAGCACAGAGUCCAAGCCUAGGCCUCAAGGGGUGUCAGAUACCCUGCUUGCCCCUUGGGACCUUCCAGCCCAGCCCCAGCAGCCCCAGCGCCGUCCCAGCUGGUCUGCAGAUCUGCACACAGGAAAGGAAAUGCAUGCUGUGAACAGACACUUGUGUUUGUUCCCCCCAAUACUGGGGUUGAACCAAGGGGCACUUAUAUCCCCAACCCUUUUUAAAAAAUUUGAGAUGGGGUCUCACUAAAUUGCUCAGGCUGACCUUGAAUUUGCCUCAGCUCCCAGGUUGCUGAGGUUGCCAGCAUGCACUGUUAUGCCUGGCUGUGCACACUCGUUUUGGGGCAGCUUGUUACACAGCAACAACUGGCUGAAACAAAUAGAAAUACCCAGAAGGGAAAGGUAAGAUCAAUGGUGGUACAGCAUUUGAGAGGGCCUGUCCUCAGGGAGCAGGGGACUUUUUGAAGAGCUGCAGUGAUUCUGUGGAAUGGUGUUGUGUCUACUGCUACUUAAACCUCAGGACAGCAGUGGAGGUGGUCCCACCCCUUCUGAUGGUUGGGACCACCAGUGCUGAGCUGGGGGCUCACACUGAGCUGGGGGCUCACAUAGAAUAGGAGCCCCUGUUCUGAAGGCUGUUACAUACAGUGGGAGUCCAGGGCCCAGUCGUUUGUACAAGGCCUGACUCCCAACCUUCUUGGUGGGUAGGAGGAGGGUGAGGAUGGUGCUUGGGAGCUCCCAAGAGUAGGGAAAGGAUGAGAGGCCCCCAGGCACCCUUGUCCACUGUGCUGCAAACCCGAGCUAGACCUCUGACACACUGUGUCAAUGGUAAUCGGUGCCCUGCAUCCACCUGGAAGCUAAGCAAGUCAUCUCUGUGGAGCACAGUGACUUGCUAAGCCUGCUCCUGAGAUUAAAAAUAGGGAAAACCCAGCAACCAGACCUUUGAAAAAGUCUGAUGGGGCUUCUGGAAGCUGGAGCAAGUUGGUGACUCCAUCUCUCAGGUGCCAUAACAAAGUCCAGUGAACCUUUGCUGAUGGCCAGAGGCACUUCUCAGUGCCCUUUGAUUCCUUAAAGUUCAGGUUUACCCUCUGUUAACCCUCACUGGGCCUGCACUUGGUUCCUGGCCAGCAGGCCAGAUCUGUAGUUUCCUGACUGACCUUAGCCCCUACUGACUCCUGCCCUGGAGGCCACCCUGCUCCCUGAUCUCCCAUAGCACCCCCUCCCCCAAGGUUCUUGAGCCUUGGUCCAACAAUUUCUGCCAGGCCCUCCCACCUCCCAAGGAGAGACCAAGGCCUCCCACAUGGUUGUCCUUGGAGACGCAAUAGCUCUUCCCAUAUGGGGCAGAGCCCCCUUAGAUGGACUGCCUGAGCACGGGCCCUAAGAAAUACCCAUGUCCUAAGCUUAUGUGGCAAGAGGACUUCACAGAUGAGACUAAGGAUGGUGAGGUGGGGACAUUAUCCAGCUGACCUGGGAGGGCCCCAAAUGCAACCAUGGUUAUCUUUCUAGAAGGAGAAUUGACAGAUUGACAGGCCACAUAAUCACAGAGGCAGAGUGGAGCUAGCCUAGAGGAGGAUCCUCCCCUAGAGCAGCACCCAUGGCCAUGCUGAUUCUAGGCCUCCAGAACGGUGAGAGGAUCAAUUCCUAUUGUCUUAAGCCACAGAAUCUGUGACUUGUUGCUGUAGCCUCAGGACAUGAACACUCAUGGGAAGGCCAAGGAUUCUGAAAUGACUGGACCAAGGUGUGGCCUUGUGACCUCUUCACUGAAGGUCCCUGAGGCUUAAGCCUCUCAUCUGUUUCAGAAAGCUCCCUGCUGCCUGGCCUUGCAGUCCUCACCCUUACCCAGUGAUGCUGUCAUGCCACAGCCUGCACCCCCAUUCACAGCCCUGCUCCUGCUCAGCUGCCAGUCUGCCGCCUAUCACGGCUGAUGAAUUGGGAGGAACUGGGGUGCCCUGAAGGUCCUGGGCCAGAGUGGUGGUGCUCCACUGGCAAUGUGCAGCUGUGUUCCUGGCUUUGGCCUUGGCUCCAAGGUGACCUCCAGGAUCCUAGAUCUGAGGCUGAGAGCAGCCCUGCCCUCCAGCACACACCCGUGCCCAUCCCUGGUGGGCAAAGGACAUUUACUAGAUACUUUACAGCCAAGUGCCAACAUCAUUAUCAGCUGCUGUGUUCACUCCAUGAUGGAGCCGGUCUGUCAAGGGCCACACAGGUGUGCCAUUGUUCUGCUCAGGUGCAGGCGCACUCGUGCCCUGGGGGCGGUCUUGCUGCCCGAACCCUUAAAACCCUGGCUGGGACCAGCAGUGUCUGGACAGAGAAGGAGCCCUGGCAGAUCUGCAAGUCCUCACUGUGUCGUUUCUUCCAAGAGCUCCCUCUGGAAAUUAACUUUUUCUUAAAGCAGCAAAAGGAGAAAAUUAUCACCAAAGAAUAUUCCAAAUUCUUAGCAGAAAUCCCAUCAUCUCUGCAGACAUCACCUUGGGUGAGUGUUAGGCUUGGUCAUCUGUGGAGUCCUAGGUGACCAGCCAGUCCCUGAGCAGGGAGGGCAGGCUCAGCUGUGUCCCACCAACAGAACAGGGUCUGCUUGGCAAGUGCAGGCUCUGGUGGCCCCAGUGGCUCAGGAUGGCAUGUUUCUGGGGCUUGUUUCCCCUGGUGGGUGAAGGAGGAAAACCAGGGACUUCUGUGGCACUGGGUGCUUGUCCCUCUGGAUAUGUGGUGAAAGCACUGAGGGUCUCCCCGGCCUGUGCUCUUCUUGUAGUACAGCCAUGAGGGCAGAUGCCCUUGACCUUGGGGAGGCGGGGGCGAGGACGACAGGCGAUGUCCCACUGUUCCCUAUAACAGGUUCUCCCAGGAUGAGGGGCACAAGGCCUAUGAUAGUGCUGCUUGCCCUGGCCAGCCUGCAGCAUGUGGUCACAUCUCUGAGAAUUGCAGCCUUCAACAUACGGAGUUUUGGGGAGACCAAGAUGUCCAAUGCAACCCUCUCUAGCUACAUUGUGCAGAUCCUGAGUCGCUACGACAUUGCUCUUAUCCAGGAGGUCAGAGACACCUACCUGACAGCUGUGGGGAAACUGCUGGAUGAACUUAAUCGAGAUGCACCGGACAAUUACCACUAUGUGGUCAGCGAGCCUCUGGGACGCAGUAGCUAUAAGGAGCAGUACCUUUUCGUGUACAGGCCUGACCAAGUGUCCGUGUUGGACAGCUACUACUAUGAUGACGGCUGUGAGCCCUGUGGGAAUGACACCUUCAGUCGAGAACCAGCCAUUGUCAAGUUCUUCUCCCCAUAUACACAUGUCAGGGAGUUUGCCAUCGUGCCCCUGCAUGCUGCCCCAGCCGACGCAGUGACGGAGAUUGAUGCUCUCUACGACGUCUACCUGGAUGUCCGGCAUAAGUGGGGCCUGGAGGACAUCAUGUUGAUGGGUGAUUUCAAUGCUGGCUGCAGCUAUGUGACCCCCUCCCAAUGGUCCUCCAUUCGUCUGCRUACAGACCCUGCCUUCCAGUGGCUCAUUCCCGACACUGCGGACACCACAGUCACGUCCACACACUGUGCCUACGACAGGAUUGUGGUCUCUGGAGCUCUCCUCCAAGCUGCCAUUGUUCCCAACUCGGCUGUCCCUUAUGACUUCCAAGUGGCCUACGGCCUGAGCAACAAGCUUGUAAGUGUGCACCCUGCCAGCUCGGGGUGGGUAGAUGAUGCGCUUCCUCCAGGGGAGGGGUGGGGCUAAGUCCCGAAGCCCUGUGUGUCUCCCUUCAGGCUGAGGCCAUCAGUGACCACUACCCAGUGGAAGUGACGCUGAGAAGAGCCUGAUGUCAGUGAG